AAAUCAGCAAGCAGGAUGGAUCAAUAUAUGCCGAGCAAUGGAUGUGUCUGUCGGCUGGAUGCUCUUUUCCUCAUACGUUGUUUUCUUAUAAUCCUUAUUGGUAUUAAUAAUUAUACAGAUGCUGCUGAGGAGGUAAGCAAGAUAGAGCUUAAGGAGAAAGCAAGGAAAGAGCUUGAAGACUGGUAUAAGCAGCAUGAAGAACAGGUUGCUAAAACACGACAGGCCAACAGGUCUGCUGAGAAGGAACUAGUUGCUGAUACAGCGAAGAUGGAACCAGGCACAGAGUGGGAACGAAUAACCAAGUUGUGCAAUUUUAACCCUAAGACUUCCAAAUCCUCAAGAGACAUUUCUCGAAUGCGCUCCAUCAUUCUGCAGGUGAAGCAGAAUCCUCCCAUCAAGGCUUAAAUGCUCAAAAACUUAAUCUUCCAUUGUUAUAAGCUACAUGUAUUUUAUGAUACCUGUAUUAUGUUAACACAGUAUAUGAUCAAGUAUGAUAGAAUCUUUGCCUUACUGUAGAGGCUACAGCAAAAAAAAAAAAAAGUAAUACAACUUAAUAAAUAGGCUUGUACAUUUUUUUUUUUUUUUUUUUUU